AUUCUCUGCAUUUGGGUUAUUCCCAUUUUCUUAACUGCUUCCAAAAAACCAUACUUUUUCUUUCUGUUUCAAAAUCAUAUAUAAGGAUCUCUUGCUUUUCUAGGCUCAACUAUUAUUACUUGCAUAACAUUUAUUUGAAUUAUUAGGUCUACUCACUCUAUUUAGCAGAAAAUUAAGUUAUCAGCUUAGGAACUAUUCAGAUAACACUAGAGUUGUAGACUUUACUUGCAUUUAAGUAUUUAAGUAACUUUUUGCAACUUUAAAGUGACUACUCCACUAGAACUAGCCCUACAAUUCAAUCUUGGUUUUCAGUCAAAGCAUGUCAAUUAAGAUUCAAUAACCUAGACUCCAUUGAUUCACUUCUUGUCUAUUUUAUCUAUUUUUUAGGGCAUGUCUGGAUUGACUUACUUGAGUUUGUCUACUGGCAUGUACUUGUGAGAUUGUUUGGAAACCGCUAUAUUUAGUUCAAAAUUUAAUGAAAAUGAAGAAGUGGUAUGGAGGCCUGUUGAUCUUGGCUUUGUGUAUGAUGCUGUUUCUACUGUACAGUCUGAAAGGAAUUCAGCCACAGAAGCAGCCAGCGAAACAGUCAGCAUACAGUUUUUUCAAUAACCAUUCAACAAAUGAUUCUGGUCAAGGAAGCAGCAAUGUUGCAGUAACCUCUUUUGAUGUAGAACCGAAAAGCGUACCAAAACCAACCAUUAGGCCACAUUUAGUACAUGUCGCGGGGCUUGAUGAUCUGUAUGACAUGAAAAAUUUAUCUGAAGGAGCGAUGAAUGUUGUACUUGCUUGGACUUCUUUACGCUCCUUGCUGUCAAGGUCAGAUGCUUUGCCUGAAUUAGCUCAAGGAGUUAAAGAGGCUUCUGUAGCAUGGAAAGAGUUGUUGUCCACCGUUGAAAACGACAAAGCCUCCAAGAUUAGUAAGAUGGACAGCCCGGAAAAUCAAAACUGUCCGUUCUCUGUGAUCGCAUUUGGCAAGACGGUAGCAGAUAGUGGAAUCACUCUGGAUCUCCCUUGUGGUAUGGUCGUAGAUUCUUCAAUUACAUUGAUUGGCAUCCCUAAUGGACAAAACAGAAGCUUUCAGAUUGACCUAGCUGGGCAAGAUCUAGAAGAGGAGCCAGAUCCUCCAAUUAUCUUGCAUUAUAAUGUGAGUCUUCCGGGAGAAAACAUAACAGAGGAACCGUAUAUCGUUCAAAAUACAUGGACUAAUGAUUUCGGUUGGGGAAAAGAGGAAAGGUGUCCUACUCAUGGUUCUGCUAAGUCUAACAUUCACAAAGUUGAUGAGCUUGUUCUCUGCAAUGUACAAGCUGUGAGAAACAACAAUGAAGAGAAUGUAAAUGUUGGUCAACCUACUAGUGACAUACCUUCUAAUAUUUCCUCAGAAAGUGCACAUAGAACUGCUAAUUUCCCUUUUUCUGAGGGUAAUCCUUUCACUGCCACGUUGUGGGUUGGUUCAGAAGGAUUUCAUAUGACUGUGAAUGGAAGACAUGAAACAUCUUUUGCAUAUAGGGAGAAGCUUGAACCGUGGUUAGUCAGCACCGUUAAAGUAGCAGGAAGUCUAAGUCUUUUAUCAGUCCUGGCAAAAGGUUUACCUGUUGCCGAAGAUAAUGAUUUAGUUGUUGAUGUUGAAAACCUGAAGGCUCCUUCUAUCACCAGAAAAAGGCUUGUUUUGUUGAUUGGAGUGUUCUCUUCCGGAAAUAACUUUGAGCGCCGAAUGGCUCUGAGGAGGUCUUGGAUGCAAUAUGAGGCUGUACGUUCUGGAGAAGUUGCUGUCAGAUUUUUCAUUGGGCUUCAUAAGAACAAUAGAGUUAAUCUUGAAUUGUGGAGGGAAGCUCAAGCAUAUGGAGACAUCCAGUUAAUGCCUUUUGUUGAUUAUUAUAGUUUGAUUUCAUUAAAGACAAUUGCAAUUUGCAUUGUGGGGACAAAAAUAAUUCCUUCAAAAUACAUCAUGAAAACAGAUGAUGAUGCUUUUGUAAGGAUUGAUGAAGUACUUUCCAGCCUCAAAGGGAAGCCAUCUAAAGGCCUCCUGUAUGGUCUAAUAUCUCCUAUAUCAUCUCCUGAUAGGAAUAAGGACAGUAAAUGGUACAGCAGUGAGAAGGAAUGGCCACAUGAUACAUACCCACCAUGGGCACAUGGUCCUGGCUAUGUCAUCUCUCGCGACAUAGCAAAAUUCGUUGUCUAUGGCCACCAAGAAAGAAAACUCAAAUUCUUUAAAUUAGAAGAUGUUGCCAUGGGGAUAUGGAUUGAACAGUUUAAAAAUGGUGAUAAAGAAGUGCACUAUGAGAAUGAUGGGAGGUUUUAUAAUGCUGGAUGUGAUACAAAUUAUGUACUAGCCCAUUAUCAAAGCCCAAGAAUGGUGCUAUGCCUUUGGGAGAAACUGCAAAAAGAACACAAGUCAGAAUGCUGUGAGUAGAUAUCAAAGCUUUUGAGCAAAUAAUAAUUAUGCUGAUUCUGAUUUUUUAGCAAUAUUCAAAUACUUAAAGUUAUGUUUUAUUUUAUUUUGUAUUCUACUGCUCAUUGAUUUAUUCAUUCAUUCUAACCAUUUCAGUAAAAAGAAUUAGUUUCACACUUGAAACUACAAGUGAUAUAUUUUGUGUUAAUUUGUUGUAAUAUAGAAAUUCUUGAUUGCUUGAAAAUUAAAAUGAACACAAUGCUACUAGAAAGAAAUUGAAUGUAAACAUAAACAACAACCAAUGGUGAAUUGCAGUUGAAUUCCCAUGAGACAGCAUAUUUGAUGUUA